UCAACCCAGAGAGACCUCGAAGGUAUCGACUCCCCUCUGUCCAGAUGUGGCAUCGUCGAAGCCAGGAGCGGCCAUGAGGUUAUUAAAGGGUCUCAUGCGAUGGGGUAAGGCUACUAGUCAUAUUACAAGGAAGGAUAAUGAGAGAGCAGCACAGAGGGCUGCCAUCAUCCUU